CGCAGCCUGUCCCGCCUGCGCGAGCAGCGCGCCCGCUCGCGGGCCAUGCUGGCCCUGGGGGUCACGCAGAUGGUGCUCGGCUGCCUCAUCGUGGCCGUCAGCUUCGCCGCCCUGGCGCUCACCACCUCGGCCCGCGUCCGCCACUCCUGCCCCUUCUGGGCCGGCUUCUCGGUGCUGUUGUCAGGACUGAUUGGUGUUGUUUCAUGGAAGAGGCCCUUGUCCCUUGUGAUAACCUUUUUCAUGCUGCUCUCUGCAGUGUGUGUGAUGCUGAACUUGGCCGGGUCCAUUCUCUCCUGUCAGAAUGCUCAGCUGGUGAAGUCCCUGGAAGGAUGUCAGCUGAUUAAAUUCGACAGUGAUGGUGUCUGUGUUUGCUGUGAAAUGCAGCAUCAGACAUCAGGCUGCAGUAACCUGGGAGAAACACUGAAGCUGAACCCUCUGCAGGAGUGCAACGCAGUGAGGCUGACCCUCAAGGACCUGUUGUUCAGUGUGUGCGCUCUCAAUAUCAUCUCCACCAUUGUCUGUGCUUUGGCAACAGCAAUGUGUUGCAUGCAGAUGGUUUCUUCUGAUCUUCUGCAAAUGUUUCUGCCACAGAGACCACAUUCUGCCAAUCCUGACUGCAUGACUCCACACGGAACUGUCCUGCACCAAACCUUGGAUUUUGAUGAGUUCAUCCCACCAAUCCCCCCUCCUCCCUACUACCCUCCAGAAUACACCUGCACGCCCGUGGGGGAGGCACAGAGAAGUCUCCAUUUGGACUUCCCUCAUUCCCCAUUUGGUGCUUUAUAUGAAGUAACCAUUAAUAGCCCAGGAAUGCUGUAUCCAAGUGAGCUGCCCCCUCCUUAUGAGGCAGUGAUUGGAGAGAUGCCUGCCAGACAGGUCACUGGUGCUGCUCAGCAAGUGUCUGAAUCGAGCCUGGGGGAGAGGAACACGACCCCGGACUUCAGCACACAAGUUUCUGUUGAGAGCACCUCCUUGAUGGUCUCUGAGGCUGUUGAUAUCCCAGACCGUAGCUACUCCUCUGAAGAUCUUUGUUCGCUGGAAGUUCAAGGAUCUCUCCAAUCUGCAGAUCUUUCUCCCUACUGCAUAACCCCCAAGGGGGCUGCAGAGCAGAGCUGCAGUGCCCUGGGUUGCCACACUCACUGCAAGUCUCACAGAACUCACUCAGAGGGCUUUCCUGAUGAGGGUGACAGCUCCCACAGCCAAACCUCUACAGACAGGUCUCAAGGACAGGAAAAGAACUGUGCCCACGGCAGGUCCUUGGACUGUUCCUCAGGGAAUUACAGCCCCUCAGAACGAGAACUGCAGAGCUCUGCUCAAGAGAGCAGUGCCACACCGCCUCUGAAGCAGAAGAAAACCUGCUGUGUGGGCUUUCACCAGCCUCCUGCCACUUUCCAGACCUCUCCCUGCUUUGGGCCUGCAAACACUUCAGCCAGUGGCCCCGAGGCUGCUGUCCAGCAGCAGCAGCAGCACCUCACCAAGCCCCCAGCCUCAACCAUCGUCCGCUCCAGCAGUGCCCCUGUGUCCUGCUCGUCUGCCACUGAAGGUGAUAAUUGUGCCUGGACAUCUGUGUGCAGGCAGUGCCAAGAUGCAGGAUUAUCUCCAGCUACAGGAGAAACAGUUCCUGUCUCUGGUUCUCAUAUGGCUGCCUCUGCUUGCCAGCAUUCUUUGAGCAGUUUUCUACCAACUGGAAAUCAGAGGGAUACAAGGAAAAUUGAUCUGCACCUAAAGCCAAAGGCUUUUCACACGGUCUCGAAAGAGCGGCCACACUCCUUAGUGGACCUUAAGGCCUAUAAAGACACAAAAAUUUUAGUGGCAAAAUUUUUGGAACAUUCAAACUGUAAUCUCCCUCCAGAAGUGCGGCACGUAGUGAACAGCAUACGGUCAGUCAUUAAAUCUGAUGAGAGACACAUGGAAGAAGCCAUCUUCAGUGCCAAUAUCAUAGACCAGGUGAUGACGAGCUCGCAGCAGGGCGCGGGCUGCAGGAAGCGGCUGCAGGAGGAUCUGCACCUGCGGAGCUGCGGCGCCCUGAGCUCCCCCGCGGCCCCGGCGCGCAGCCCGGCCCCGCUCAGCCGCGCCCUGCAGCGGGAGCGGCCGCGCAGCCUGAUCGGAGUGUGCCGGGAAACCAUCCUCUGACAGGGCCCCCAGGUAUGUCAUGGCAGCUGAGAGCUGUGGAAGAAACCAGGACUGGGACAAACACAACUAGUGGAUGGCUUUAAAAGGAAAAAGUGUCUUCCUUUGGAAUUCCACUUUUUUCCCCCACAGCAGGAUGAGAGCGGCUGUUUUUCUGAAUGUAAAUUUCGGCCUUCAUUUUUGCAAACUUUUAAUUGAUUUAUUAGUGAAGUCAUAACAAGUGUUUUCCCCACCAGAAAUGCAUUUAUUUCACUGUACUUACAGAAAUGCUACUGAUGCUGCCCAGCAUUUCUUGAAAACCAUUGCAAACCCACCAGAGACUGGCUGUACAACUUAAAAGUUGUAUUUAUUUAAUGUACCUCAAAGUGUUUUAACUAUCGUCAGUGUUUUAAUAAAAAAGUAUUUCUGGACUUUGCCUUUGCAACACUGAUUUGGAUACAAACAUAAAGGUGAUUCAUACACACAUACAGUGCUGCUUCUAAUCCAUUCUUCCAGUGUCUUUCAUUCCAGACCAACUGAUCUGUUCAAUCAAAACUGCUCCCCCUCCCAGGGCUGCCCUUUUAAACUGCAGUUCCUGCUGCAGUGUGGUUUAUUCCUGCUCUGUUCUGAGUGUUCACCAUUUCAGUCCUGCAGUAGUGUGUGACCAAGAACUGGUGGUAAAUCCUCUGCAGUGUGUGACCAAAAGA